GACUUGGUGCGAGGAAGAAAGAAAGCUCAGAGCAAGCAGGUCCAUGCGAUGGGCUGCUCCGGAGGCGGCCAGACAGGAGCACCGUAUGCCAUGUGUCACAUGAAGCUUGGGAGCAGCUGAACCGAAAUCAGUGUGCGAGGAAGAGGAGUGUCACACACACGCACAGGAGCAGAAAGGGAGUGGGGCAUCCCCGGAUCCCACUAAAUGAAAUAGUCUGCCUGUUGAGAAGCAGCAUUAGGAUUCAUUUCGGCUCCGUCGGAAGAAGCAGAAACCGGCGGCAUCGCAGACGGCUGGCGGGAGGGGGUGUGGGGGGUGCUAUCUUUGGACGUAGGGGUUGAUUCCUAUGGAAACGCUACUAAUACAAAAUUAAUAACUGUAAGCCGAAGAUGAGGACCUACAACAGCAGAAGAUGCGUUGGGAAAACGUUGGUUUAGAGAAGACAGGCACCUGCAUCGUGCGGACUCGCUUAAUUAAUUAAUUGGGUUACUUCGUGAAUUUCUCCACCAUCGCAAAGGUUGGGGGGGGGGGGCGUGUAGUCAAGGAGGGGGGGUGAUUAAUGCACGCUUCUGUGCAGAACCGCUUUUUUAUUUUAUUUUAUUUAUAUUCCGCCAGCUGUCACCCGGUGUAAAAAUGUGGUGAUUUAGCUGUCGGCUGGUGUGCAGAGGAACAAGAAGCGUCUUCGGGGUAGGAGGCGAGAAAACGGACGGAGGAGGGGAGCAGCGAUGUCUCCAAGCCUCGGAGAUGCGAUGGAGAGGAUGCUGCGGGAGUGACUGUCUGAAGCGCAUUCGGCGGGCGAAGGCGAAUAAUCACACCCGUACAUAAAGCGGCUCUAUCUGACGCCGACGCUGGCUGUGUAGGCUGUCUGUCCGCAGGGGGAGGGGGCAUGGUGCCUGGGCCAGCGCGAUCACGGGGGGGCCGUGCAGGAGGAUGGAACCUUUCGGAAUGCCUCCGCUGGAUCUGCCCUGUCCUGCUCUCUUUCUGAGACCUCUGUGAUGCCCAGGGCAUGCUUGGCGUGGAGGUCCAACUGAAGGAGAAAACAUCAGGCCCGUCCCUCCUCUUCUUCACACUUCCCAGGUGCAUCUAUCCAGUUCCUCCUCUCUUCUGUCAUUCUUAAUUUUCAAAAGCCCGCCGCCUUUUUUCCCGUUACAUUUGCCUUGUCGUUCUUUUUGAGUCGUGCUUAUCUGAGCGUGCCGGCGGGACAUGCACGCGUUCCCGGUGCUGGGGCGCACGCGGGGCACGGCUGUAGCGGUGUCAUGGCCGUGCCGAACGUCAAGCACCUGUUUGCUCUGGCUGCUGGGACUGGCGCUCCGACUGGCGCUCACUUCAGGCCAAAAGGCAGACAGCGGCGGCGCGAAACACCCGAUCAUCACCACCAAUUACGGCAAGCUGCGCGGCAUACGCAAGGAGCUGCACAGCGAGGUUCUGGGCCCUGUGGAACAGUACCUGGGCGUGCCGUACGCCACCCCUCCCACCGGGGGGCGUCGCUUCCAACCUCCCGAGGCACCGGGCUCCUGGCAGGAUAUUCGCAACGCCACGCACUUUGCCCCGGUGUGCCCACAGAACAUCCAAGGCGUGCUGCCCGAGAUAAUGCUGCCAAUCUGGUUCACUGACAACCUGGACGUGGUGGCCGGAUACAUCCAGAACCAGAGCGAGGACUGUCUCUACCUGAACAUCUACGUGCCCACAGAGGACGGACCUCUCACAAAAAAACACGAUGAGUCUUCAAUGAACAGGCCCAGAGAUGAAGACAUCCGCGACCGCAGGAAAAAGCCCGUCAUGCUGUUCAUCCACGGUGGCUCCUACAUGGAAGGCACGGGGAACAUGUUUGACGCCAGCGUCUUGGCUGCGUUCGGCAACGUUAUCCUGGUUACAAUGAACUAUCGGCUGGGCGUGCUCGGCUUCCUAAGCACGGGAGAUCAGGCAGCCAAGGGCAACUACGGGCUCCUCGAUCAGAUCCAGGCUUUGCGCUGGCUCAACGAAAACAUCAAGCACUUUGGUGGAGACCCUGAGAGGAUUACAAUCUUUGGCUCUGGGGCUGGGGCUUCCUCUGUCAACCUACUGGUCCUGUCCCAUCACUCUGAAGGUCUUUUCCAGAGGGCGAUAGCCCAGAGCGGCUCAGCGAUCUCCAGCUGGUCAGUGAAUUACCAGCCACUGAAGUAUGCCCGAAUCCUGGCGCAUAAGGUGGGCUGCGGCGGGCUGAGUCAGGACACGGCCGACAUGGUGGAAUGUCUGCGGAAGAAGAGCAUCCGGGAACUGGUGGACCAGGACAUCCAGCCAGCCCGCUACCACAUCGCCUUUGGGCCCGUCGUGGAUGGCGACGUAGUGCCGGAUGAUCCGGAGAUACUGAUGCAGCAGGGGGAGUUUCUCAACUAUGACAUCCUGAUUGGCGUGAACCAGGGCGAGGGACUCAAGUUUGUAGAUGACACCGAAGGCGAGGAUGGAAUCUCGGCAGCGACGUUCGAUUACACCAUCUCCAAUUUUGUGGACAACCUCUACGGCUACCCCGUCGGUAAAAGGGCACACGCCCUGUGCUGUAUAGGUAAGGACAUCCUGAGGGAAACCAUCAAGUUCAUGUACACGGACUGGGCAGACCGCGACAACGGCGAGAUGCGCCGCAAGACCCUGCUGGCCCUGUUCACCGACCACCAGUGGGUGGCGCCGGCGGUGGCCACAGCCAAGCUGUACGCCGACUUCCAGUCACCUGUCUACUUCUACACCUUCUACCAUCACUGCCAGACGGAAUCGAGGCCCGAGUGGGCUGACGCGGCCCACGGGGAUGAGAUCCCCUAUGUGUUUGGUAUCCCCAUGGUGGGUGCCACUGACCUUUUCCCCUGCAACUUCUCCAAGAACGACGUCAUGCUGAGUGCCGUAGUCAUGACAUACUGGACCAACUUCGCCAAGACGGGAGACCCCAACCUGCCAGUACCACAGGACACCAAGUUCAUCCACACCAAGCCCAACCGCUUCGAGGAGGUCAUCUGGACCAAGUUUAACUCCAAGGACAAGCAGUACUUGCACAUUGGACUGAAGCCCCGGGUUCGGGACAACUACCGCGCCAACAAGGUGGCCUUCUGGUUAGAGCUGGUGCCCCACCUACACAGCCUUCACGAGGAGAUCUUUGGCUCGACCAGCACCACUACCCACCAGUCCCCCUUGGAGUUUCCCCGGACCACACCUACGGUGCCCAUGGACCCCGAACCCGAGGGCUCGGAGCGGCCACCAAUAACACUGUUCCCUGUAGACACGCGAGACUAUUCCACAGAACUGAGCGUGACCGUUGCUGUGGGGGCCUCGCUCCUCUUCCUCAACGUGUUGGCUUUUGCAGCUCUCUACUACAAGCGGGACCGGAGGCAUGAGCUGCUGUCGCGACGGGCGGGUGGGGUGGGUGGAGUCGGGGGGCGUCGGCCAUCGCCCCAGCGCGGGCCAGCUAACGACCUGGCUCACGGGCGCGAGGAAGAGCUCAUGUCCACUCUGCAGAUGAAGCAGCAGCAGCAGGUGGAAAUAGACGCGCAGCUGGGCCGCGAACCAUUGAGGCCAGCUGGUCCACCGGACUACACCCGGGCAUUGCGGCGGGCCCCAGACGACGUACCCCUCAUGGCCCCAAACACCAUCACGAUGACUCCCAGCACCAUCACUAUGACACCCAGCACCAUCGCGGUCAUGCAACCACUGCAUGCUUUUAGUACCUUCCCUGGGCCCGUAGGGCACAACAAUGCCCUGCCUCAUCCCCAUUCAACUACCCGCGUGUAGGUCCUAUGCUGCCACCUGCUGGAGCUCUGUGGAACUAUGCCAGGGUGCCCAUAUUUUUUUUCUCUCUCUCUCUAUUCUUUAAAACUUUUGGGAGUGCUCCCUUUUCUCCCUCUGACAAUAUAUUCCCUUUCCCUACCUGUCUGGAUGGCAGCCUGUAGAGGGCUGUGUCACUGGUACUGUAAGAAAACAGAUGCCACGAUGAGCUAAUAGGAGACCUUCACCUGGACUUCAACAUCUCUUGCCUUCAUUCAUACAUUUCAGUAUCCAUCUGCUUCUGUAUCUGUCUUUUUUCACCCCGUUUAAAUGUUAUCUGUGUUCCCCAAUCUGUCGCUUACCUCAUCAACAUCAUAGACCAUGUUUUUACAAUAAAUACUAGGCAGGAGGUGAUGUGUUCUUAUUUUGAACUUAAACCUUGGUCACUGGUUUGAAGCUCACAUCCUUCUUUGGACUAAAAGCACACAGGAAUGAUUAAAAAAAGCGCAUUUUUACUGUUGUAUGAAACAAAGGCUCUCUCUCCCAUCUUUUUGUUCAGAAUUUAUUUCUAAUGGAUAUUAAUCGAGAAAAAAACAUCAUUUUCCCCCUAACUGAUUCUAAGAUGCAGAUUAAAUGGCAGUAGGAAAAAUAAUCGCGUCUUAAAAUAUGUCUUUUUUAUUUAUGGAAAAGAAAAUGUAUCUUAGCUGAACCUGCAGCAUUUCAUCAAAAUAUUCUAAGACCUUUUCCCUGUGUAGAUACUUCAACAGCAACAAUGCAAAAAUGCUAGAUCCUAAAAGCUAUUCAGAAUAUGAAGUUGAUAAAUCAUGUUACUCUUUCUGUGAUUCUUCACUGCUUAUUACUUUAGUUGCAGUAUGUUUCUGAUUUAAUGCCAACCUGGCAACUUGGUCUUGUUAUGUAUGUCUGGCAUCACACUUUUUUCUUAAGCGCAGAAAUUUUAGAAAUAACUCAGCUUUCUGCAGGUAUAUUCUGAAGGUCGUGUACAAAACAGUACAUGGCUAUAAAGAAAUUAUAUUCAGCAUUUACAGGGAAGGUAUGAGUAUUGUAGAAUUUGUAGUCGGCAUGCCAGCAGUUUGAGUAUUGCAGGAUGAGUAGCCCAUGCAUUAUGGCAUUUUGAAUAUGCCAACUUAUCUGAGGUCUGAGUACUUCAUAAUGAGUUGUCAGUCUUAUUAUAGGACAAGAAGCUGCCAUUUUGAAUAUCUGGAUUUUGAAAAAUGAGGUACUCUUUGAGUAUUACUAAACAAGUGUUCACUGUAUUAUACUGUUUAAGUAUAAAAGGACUAGCAGUCACUGUGUUGGAGGUGUAACUACUGCUGCCUGAAUAAGUACUCAAGGUCUCCUCUGUCCCUGUGUUGCACGGGGAUGCUAAGUGUGAUACCGCGAUACACCACUGUGGUGUGUGGGAUUCCACACAGUAUUAUAAAUUUAUAAGUUUCUGUAUUAUUUUCUUUUAAAUGUUUAUUUUAAAUCUUCCAGUGGUUGACAGAUUUGGUGUGUCCAGGGGUAGUGCAGAGAUUAAGUGAGGGGUUUGUAUUGUGCUUUUCCGGCUAUUGAUGAUGCACUUUCUGGGCUACGUAGGAGCGAAGUGGGGGCACCGUGGAGCUGCCGCGGCACAGCCCCGGCCGCUCAGCAGCAUGGCUCAUACUGGCGGCGAGCGGGGGCGUCACACUGAGCUCUCAAAUUAAACCCGAAGAUGAAUCUUCCUGAAGCGGCGUUAACAAAUGGGCUUCUUCAUCUACGUCUAAUCGUUUCCACAGUCAGACGCCGUAACAGCCUGAUCCGUCAACAAGUUUGGAAUUGGAAAGAAUGUUACGUGCCGGAAAAGCCAGAAACAGGAACAAAAGACCAACAUUUUUUUUUUUGCACCUUUUUAUUGCGCAUCACACUCGAUUAUGAAGAACAUACAAGAAACGCUGUCAACCGUCGUUACGGAAUACGACGGAGCGAACAGGAUGAGAGGACAAAGACAACAGAUCGUUCAGCAUACAUUUUUAUAGUCUGGGAAAACAGGCGUUUGAUUUGUAAAUAUGAAGUUUCUUGUUUAGUUCUUGAGCAAAUCGCUGGAACACUUAGCGCGUGGAGUCCAGCGGUGGCGUCUGUCGUCGUCCCGUUCCGUUUCAUCUCGGGGAGUAGAACUGCUCAAGGGGUCUGAAGUUUAAAGCUGUUACGCUGUUUUGUUCAUCUGUGGUGUGUGCAUGCUUUUAAUAUGUUUGGAGUAUUUAUCAAGUUUCGACAUUGUUAACACCAAAACAGGUCUUCACACCAAGGGGGUUUAAUCAAAUAUUUAGUUUUGAAUGAAAGAGGGAACGAGCAACCAGGCAGCCAGUCACAGACAAUGAAGGAAGAGGAAGAUAUUAUCAGAGAACACUUUGCUGUAUUACUAUUAACUGUAAAUAUAGUAAAAAAAAAUGUAUGCUGACAUCCAUAAAAAUACACUGCAUACUUAACAAAAUAUUUAAAUUAUUGCCAUUUUUAUAAUUGUAAUAAAAAUAAGCUAAAUUGUCAAUGUACAUUAAAGUAUAUAUAAUUUAAACAUAUUUGACUGUGUAUACGUAUUAUUACUGACAAUAAUUUAUAUAUUUUCUGGUGUAUGCACUAUACUAUGUACAAACUGAAAAUAUAUUUUUCAUAUUUUGAAUUUUAUAUCUUAGGAAGCAUUUGUACUUAGUUGGGAAAUGGUGAUGUAGUGUCAUUUCAUCGGAUCAGUGUUCCUGGAUUGUACCGUUGUCCAGGUUGUAGCGGGGUUGUUUCGAGAAAACUGGUCAUUCGCUCAGAUUGUGUUUUGUGCCACCAGUAUCAUUGACUGAGCGCAUCAUUGUCUCAGACAGUGGUCAUGCUGAUCUUAUUGGGUGGCAAAGUGUCCAAUCUGGGCCCAUAUGUGGAGGAAACUCCAGCAGAACUCCCCCUAGUGGCCGUGAAGAUGAACACUGUGUGUGGGAGUGUGUGUGUGUCUGUGUGUCUAUGAGUUGUCAACAUCUCCCAUCUUGUAGAAAAGCUUAUGGUCUUCACUGAGUUGUAAAAAGAAGAGACAAGUACUGUAAUCAUAACUGAUUUAUAUUAAACAAACAUAUUUAGAAAAUAAUACGUUUUCUUAACAUUUGUGGUCACAUAUAUAUAUAUAUAUAUUUAUUUUUCAAUCCAUCGCUAAAAACACACAGAGGUAACUUUGUGUUUUGCAUUUCCCCAGUUCCCUAGCUUUCCUUGCCAUAUUAUGUUUCCAAGAGUCUGAAAAAUCCCACUGUAUAUCGUAAUCUGAUUUGCAGAUAUACUGUACAGUGUGAAGGGAGACAGACUGCAUUCUCACGAAGGUUAAAAACAUUUGAAGCAAAUACCUGGAAGAGAGAAAUAUACAGUGAAAGUGGACAAGGAUGUAGUGUUAAAGAGCAGCUGUGACACACAGUCACCAACUCGGUACAUAACAGCUGUUCUACAUGCAAUUACAAAAACAAUUACAGUUAACGUAAAAAGUUAAGAUUGGGCUGCCAAAGAAUACAGUAUUACACAUACUGAGAUAAUGCUAUUUUCUUUCAGUUUACUCAAAAGAUCCAGAACUUGAGUCAAAGAAACAUGUCAAUAAUGGGUUAAAAGACUAAAUACUGAAAUGUAAUGUAAAAAUUGAAUUACGGUGAUAUUUCUUUAUUACACACUGUAUGCUGUGUAAACAAUUCGGGGAACAUUAAAGGACGU